AAUUAUACUUUUAUAACGAUAAAAAUACUCAAUCAUAUAAAAGAGCUAUAUGGGGUUGGGCUAGAAUUAAUUUAUGUGGACAUGGAUAGAUUAUGACAGGACAGUAAAUGGAUCAAAUUGGCAUGCAUAACACUGUUGGUAAUGAUCUUUAUUGCAUGAGAAAUCUCUAGUUUCCACGUGAAAUUGAUUACAUUGCUACUAAAAUUUCCUAUUUGGAUUUGCUCGAAUGCUGAUCUUUCUUCCCGAAGCGGUUGAAGAUGUGAAAACGAUCAUUGAAAGUAAUCAAGGAGAAAAUGUCUAUCCUGCUUCUCAACAAAUGAUUAUCUAUCAGGGGAAGGUUCUUAAAGACGGCACAGCACUAGAAGAAAAUAAAGUUGCUGAAAGUAGUUUUGUUGUUAUCAUGGUGAGCAAGAGCAAAGUAUCUCCAGCCGAAGGGUCAACAACAUCAAGUGCACCUGCUGUGAAGACCAGGCACUAUCAAAUGGAACUCUUGGAGUGAAGUGACCCGGGUUCGAUCCCUCUUGGGAGCGAAUUGGAGAUUGGAGAUAUAAGGUGGAUUUUGGUGAAUGGAGAGAUAAGGUGGUUCUUGGAGUGGAUGGGAAACUAAUUACUAACAUCUAACAUGACUUUGCCCGAUCAAAAAAAAAAAAUGGAACUCUUGAUUUGAUUUCUAGAAAAAUGCUUUCUAGAUAUGACACUUUGAUGGUUAUGGUGUCUUGCUUGCAUUGCCUUGACAAUUUUGAAAUUAAUUCCCUGGAAUCACAGUAUAUGAAGUUGGUUGAGCUUGUUUUCUUC